AGGAGGAGGCGGAGGCGGCGGCGGCGGCGCCAACAGGCUGAACCCUCUGCGCUCUCCUUCUCCCGCCCUUGGGGGCCUGCUGGCGAUUGGCUCCAGAGAGGAAGGGGUGGAGGCAGCCCCGGCCUGGCAGCUGCGGUAGCGGCUUUGAGUGAGUGCGGGAGCUGCAGCUACCGAGGCGCUGCGGCUGCCGCAGGAGGAGUCGCAGCGAAACUCGCCGCGACGCCGGGAGGGAGUGUCCCGGGAAGGAGAGGGAGAGGAGGCACUCGCUAAGGAGACGCCGCAGUAGAGGGCGCCUCCGGAGUCGCGCCGAACCUGGGCAUGCAGGCGACGCCCCCCAGGGGCCGCUCGCGGCUGGACGGGAGCGGGAGGAGUCGGGGAGCGGCGGUCGAGCCCGGCAGGAUGGGCGACGAGGGCGGCUCCAACUUCAGGCGGGUGGCGAUCCGGCGGAAGUCCAACCCCUCCUACCUGCCGCCCGGGGUGCCCCGGCCCUGGAGCAGGCCCGCGUCGCACCUGGGACGUGUAGGGACCGCUGCCUUCAAGGGCCAGGUGCCCUCAGGAGCCACAGGCAGCAGUACCUGUCCAAAGAUCGCUUUAGUUUCACCUUGCUCCACAAGCAGCACAACCACACUGGUUGGUGAGAAUGUAUCUGAAGAAGAGGCUCAGGGAAUAAAUGGGAACAGGCCAGCAAAACACUCAGCUGCAAGUCCAAAGCCACAAGUGCCUCCAAAGCCAUUACACCUGCAGAAUUCACCUUCGUCCAAUAUACACCAAACCCCCAGGCAUAAAGCUUUACCUAGUGCAAAACCAAGGAUGGAGGAAAUUAAACCUGCCUCUGCUUCUUGUGUCUCAAAAGAAAAACCCAGUAAGGUAUCAGAUCUCAUCAGUCGCUUUGAAGGAGGCAGCUCAUUAUCAAAUUAUAGUGAUUUGAAGAAAGAGUCUGCUGUGAACCUAAAUGCUCCUAGAACCCCAGGAAGGCAUGGAUUGACAACCACACCUCAACAAAAACUCCUCUCCCAGCACUUGCCACAGAGGCAGGGAAAUGAUACAGAUAAGACUCAGGGUGCACAGACUUGUGUGGCCAACGGUGUAAUGGCAGCACAAAACCAGAUGGAAGGUGAGGAGGAGAAAGCUGCCACUCUUAGCCCAGAUACUUCUAUUCAAGCCUCUGAACUCUUGCUUGAUAUGCACAUAGUGAAUGGAGAAAGAGAUGAAACUGCCACAGCUCCUGCAUCACCCACAACAGAUAGCUGUGAUGGAAAUGCUUCUGACAGUAGCUACAGGACUCCAGGCAUAGGCCCAGUGCUUCCCCUAGAAGAAAGAGGGGCAGAAACAGAAACCAAGGUACAAGAGAGGGAAAAUGGGGAAAGCCCUCUGGAACUGGAGCAGCUGGACCAGCACCAUGAGAUGAAGGAGACUAAUGAGCAAAAACUUCACAAAAUAGCCAAUGAACUUUUGCUUACUGAAAGAGCUUAUGUCAACCGACUUGACCUCUUAGAUCAGGUAUUUUAUUGCAAACUGUUGGAAGAAGCAAACCGAGGCUCGUUUCCAGCAGAGAUGGUGAAUAAAAUCUUUUCUAAUAUUUCAUCAAUAAAUGCCUUCCAUAGUAAAUUCCUCUUGCCAGAGCUGGAGAAACGAAUGCAAGAAUGGGAAACUACUCCUAGAAUUGGAGACAUCCUUCAGAAAUUGGCACCAUUCCUUAAGAUGUAUGGAGAAUAUGUGAAAGGAUUUGAUAAUGCAAUGGAAUUGGUUAAAAACAUGACAGAACGUAUUCCCCAGUUCAAAUCAGUGGUUGAAGAAAUUCAGAAACAGAAAAUCUGUGGGAGCUUAACUUUGCAGCAUCACAUGCUAGAACCUGUUCAGCGGAUUCCCCGGUAUGAGAUGCUCCUUAAGGACUAUCUAAGGAAAUUGCCUCCUGAUUCCCUGGACUGGAAUGAUGCUAAAAAAUCACUUGAAAUUAUAUCUACAGCAGCAAGCCAUUCUAAUAGUGCAAUAAGGAAAAUGGAGAACCUAAAGAAACUCUUAGAGAUUUAUGAAAUGUUGGGAGAAGAAGAAGACAUUGUAAACCCUUCAAAUGAACUAAUAAAAGAAGGACAGAUCCUCAAACUAGCUGCUCGGAACACUUCAGCACAAGAACGCUACCUUUUCUUAUUCAACAACAUGUUGCUGUACUGUGUGCCCAAAUUCAGCUUGGUAGGCUCUAAAUUCACAGUUCGAACCAGGGUUGGCAUUGAUGGAAUGAAAAUUGUAGAGACUCAAAAUGAAGAAUAUCCACAUACUUUCCAGGUGUCUGGGAAAGAGAGAACACUGGAACUGCAGGCCAGUUCUGCGCAAGACAAAGAAGAAUGGAUCAAGGCCCUUCAAGAAACCAUCGAUGCUUUUCAUCAAAGGCAUGAAACCUUCAGAAAUGCAAUUGCAAAGGAUAAUGACAUUCACUCAGAGGUUUCUACUGCUGAGCUAGGGAAAAGAGCCCCAAGAUGGAUCCGAGAUAAUGAAGUGACAAUGUGUAUGAAAUGUAAAGAACCUUUCAAUGCACUGACACGAAGGAGGCAUCAUUGUCGAGCAUGUGGAUAUGUGGUUUGUUGGAAAUGCUCCGACUACAAAGCUCAACUUGAAUAUGAUGGUGGUAAAUUGAGCAAAGUUUGUAAAGACUGUUAUCAAAUCAUAAGUGGAUUCACAGACAGUGAAGAAAAGAAAAGAAAAGGAAUUUUAGAGAUUGAAUCAGCAGAAGUAUCUGGAAACAGUGUGGUGUGCAGCUUUCUUCAGUAUAUGGAGAAGUCAAAACCUUGGCAGAAAGCUUGGUGUGUGAUCCCCAAGCAAGACCCUCUUGUGCUGUACAUGUAUGGUGCCCCCCAGGACGUCAGAGCCCAGGCCACCAUUCCACUUCUGGGCUAUGUGGUGGAUGAAAUGCCAAGGAGUGCAGACCUGCCACACAGUUUCAAACUGACCCAGUCUAAGUCUGUGCACAGCUUUGCUGCAGACAGUGAGGAACUGAAGCAGAAGUGGCUGAAAGUCAUCCUUUUAGCUGUCACAGGUGAGACACCAGGUGGUCCAAAUGAGCAUGCAGCCACCUUGGAUGAUCAUCCUGAACCUAAGAAAAAAUCAGAAUGCUGAACUCCUCCAGGACCAGCCACGGUGUGGAGGUCUCAGGACUUACAGCUCAAGACAUUCCCAGCUCUUCUUACACAUCUGCUAGCACUUUAUGUUGAAAAAGAUAGGCUCAUAAAUGCAUCUUUUGAGGACUAUUUUCCUAUGUUUAUGUACUCUUAGUGAAAUUAGUGUGCAGAGUCAUUCUACCGAUAAAGUUUUGAAAUAAUGUGAAAACUGGAGCAUUUUUUGAGCUAUUCCUUGAAUAUGUGCUUUUUUGUCUUGAAGAAAUGGUGUAUCAAUUGAUUCUGUCACCGUCAGGUUAGAAUGAGCACUUCCAUUUAAGAAAUCCUUUCAUGUCUUCUUCUCUUUCACAUGUAGGACCUGGAACAGUUUGAAAGAUAUACCUCCAUGUUGCCAAAAUAGAUCCAUGGUGAAAAAUACAGGGACAGUUGAGGCUAUUGUAUUAACUUAUUUAAUUUAGUUUAUAAAUCUCUAGCUGCAUAAAUGAUGUCUGUUCUUUUAAAACAAAAGAAAAAGGACAAAUUGUUGGUGUUCAGAUUUCCGAUUUAUGAAGAAAAGAUAACUUGUUUUUGUAGAAAUACGCCUAAGAAUGUCUUAAGUGUAUAGCAAUUAUGUAUAUAUAGUAUUAAAUAUAUAUAUUAUACAUGCUUUUCUCUUUAGGUUCACAUUCAUCUCUAAUUUAUUUUUUAAAUAUAAAGCAUGGUUUAUCGUGGAAUUGAGCAAUGUUCUAAACUGAAGAAAUGUUUUGGUGAUUUAUGUUUUGCUGAUUGGCAUUUGAGGGUAUUGAUAUUUUUAUAAUAAGCGGUAAUUUAUGUGGCAUGGGAUAUAUUUGUGAAUUCCAACACUACUUUUAAAGUACCAUUUUUUGUUUCUGUGCCUAUUUAAAACAGUGCCUCUCUUAGAAGGUGCUAUUAAUAUAAGAUGAGGGUUCAGUUAAUGCUUCAGUCUUGAUUAUUCUAAGAUUAAAGUGCAUUUUGGUCACUGGGACAGUCAAAGUCAUACAGGUUAUUUUACCGUUUACAAUCCUAUAAUUAUUGCAGUAGUUAACAUCAGCAUGUACAAAAAUUUUCACCAAAACCCAAACUUUAUGAGACACCUGACCUUUUACAGAACUAGGAUAUGUGGAAACCACAUUUAUCGUAAUGUUUUUCUUUUCCGUAAGAUAAUCGAGCAUGGUUAAAUAAGGUCUCUAUAUAAUGAACACUUAAGAUAACUGUAUGGGCCUUUUCCUUUGUCAGAAUGAAACAAAAUCCACAUGUGAUAACCUAUGUUUGGGGUGGGGGCUGGUCACAUGAUUCCUUGUCAUGAAGGCUGCUCUUCACUCUUUUGUACUUGUGAUUAAAGUCUCACACUAAGUUUACUAUUUAACUUAAUCCUUUUUCUCAAAUUAAACCUUUUUUUAUACUGUCAUACCCCAAACAUUGUCACUUUUUAAUGUACCAGUCUGCUAGAAAUCUACAAGAAUGAUCCCACUAUCUUUAGUAUGUAAGGAUUACACCUUAGAUAUAGAAUAGAAUUUGAGACUGCCACACAUUUAUUCAGGCCUUGUUACUUUAAGAAAUAUCUUAUUUUUUCCACCCCAAAGGAGCAAGUGAACCAAUUAUUGCUGACAUAAUUAGGUUCCCUUCCUCCAUAAAAGGAUUAUCAGCCAUGAUCAUUAACAUUAAACCAAAUACAUGGAGCCAAAAAGAGAUAAAAGUAGCUUCUUAGGCCCUAUUAAAUCAGGGAAAGACUAGAAGAAAAUUUACAUUGCUUCUGUUUUUUAAUGGCCAAUGGGGUAUGUGUGUGAUGUAUACUCAGAGUGGUUUUUUGGAAAAUUAAACUGUAGCUAUAGAUGAUGCUUUGGUUUUCUUAAUCUCAAGAAAAGAGAAGCAAUGGAAAUACAGAAUGAUUGACUGGGGAAGAGGACUUUUGUAAGUGUAACUAGAACAAUGGUAAUGUAUGGGCCAAUGGGAAGAUUUAUGAGUCAGAUUAUUUUUGAAAACUAUUUUUAAAAGCAAGAAGACUACACUUUCCCUAACAAAACAGAAGUAACAUGGACACACUUAACUUUUGGCUCAAUAAAUAUCAAUGUUAUUUAACUUAGAUCAUUGAAAGAAUACUCAUGUAAAGAUAAUGUUUAUUAUCAUGCUCUUAACAGUCAUUAUCUUUAAUUUUUUAAAUGAGAAGCAUUAAUACUAGAAGAGAAUUUCUGGUUAUCCGGUCACCAUAUUCACUUUCCACCCCACAUUCUUCAGCUAAACACAAAGAGAAGCAGUGAAACAGCCUUACCCGCUUCUCUCUUAUUAAAGAAUCACUGAUGUUUUUACUUAAUGAAAGGUAAAGUUAAUACUCUUAGCCAUUUAUUAAACAAUUCAACCAAGAGACCUCAAAGUGUGAUUGAUGAUAAGAAUAAUCAAUGCCUUUUCCCUUCCAACAUACUUGAGCAGUCAUGACAACCUAAAAAUAUCAUUGGUUGCUUUCCCAUUAAAACCAACGUUCCCUGUGGGUCUUAAUUCUUUAUUUUCACUCAUUUGGUGCUUUCCAAGUCAUCUUUUCUUUAAAGUGCCCUUCCUCCAAACUUUAAAAAGUACUUCCUUGACAAAAUUUCUAUGCAUUGUAAAACAUUUCAAUAUUUUAAGCUUAAAUUUUGCUUUUGCUGAAAGCCUACCAUUUGGCGUGUUAAGUAUGAAAUAUAGUGCAGACUUUUAUCUUGGUUUUAAGUGGGGCUCAAUAAAAAACACCAGCCACUUUUGUAAUAAUGGCAUCACAGUGUCAUCAUGUAUGCAAGCAAUAAAACUCUUUAGGGUAUGGUUUUAUACUGAAAAUUUAAUAUGAAAGCCCCUUCCCACAAGAAUAUAGAUAAUUAUUAACUUUCUAGAUGUGAUACGGUAAUUCGAAUUGCAGAGUGUAAGGAAGGGAAAUGGGAAGGGGCAUCAUUCCUUGGAUUUUAAAUAACUAUCAAGAACAUUUUUACUUUAACAAAGAAAAUGGAUAGAAAAAGCACAUUUUGUUUUCCAUGAAGUUUAAUUUGACAUCAGGUUUGUGUACUUAUCUUCACUAGGUGACUUAACUUACCCCAAUUUUUUUUUAAAUUAUUAAACUUUUUACAGAAACCUUUUAAAUGUACCCUUUCCCCAUAUAUAUAUACACACACGUUUGGAUUUUUUUUUAAGAACACUUGUCUAGUUAUAAAUAUAUAAAGAAAAUGAUAAAGUUUGUGGUACUGCAGGGUUGUUAAAGAUUCUUUGAUGCCUUCUAAAAACUUUUAUCAAAAAUACUUUUGAGUUCACAAUUCUGUUUUACUUUUCCUUGUCCUUUUUGGAAACAGGGUGGUUGCUUUUAUUUGUUUUCUGGUUAUAUUCAAAGCCUUAAGUUCUUAAUCUGAGCAUAUUGUCUGUGAUAAAUUUCUGAUGAUCUUUCUGGACUAGAUACAACCUGAGUCGCAAGCACCAACUGGAGCAAGUAAACUUCUAGGGAACAAGCGUCUUGGGUUUUAUAGGUAUCUUUGCUAUAAUGCAGAAUAGAUUAAUGAAGAUUUCCUAUAUCAUAUGAUAUUUGUGUUAGUGGGUCUAAGAUUAAGCACAUGAUAUUUAUAAGCUAAAAUUAACUCAAAAGUCAAGAAUGUCUUAAUGUUUUCAUUCUUAAAUUUUGUAUUCUCCAAGAAUGUAUUAGUAUAUGAACUGUGGCCAACCAGUUCCUAUUCUUCAGACUGUAUUGACAUCUGUAGUGGAUCAUGUUGCUUCUUCAUUCUUACCAAUUUUAUUAGAAUCAAACUUCUUGUUAUUUUCAUACUAUUAUCUACUAUAGAUUCUCAGCUUUAGAAAAUGACUAUGAUACAUAAAGACCACUAGGUCAACUUAAAAAACCCUUUCUGUGAAUUUAUACAUGUAUGUAUAUAUGUAAAAACACUGUUGAUUUGCAAUUCUGUCUUUCCAUAGAAAUGAACUUUUUCUAUCGAAAUUGUUUAACUUAAAUAACAUAAAUUAUUUCAUGGAUCUUUAUGUAUAAUUCAUCCUUAUAUAUACCCCUUAAUCACGUAGUCAUGAGAAGAUAACUUUGCUUUCUUUACAGAAAGGGCAGAGAGGAAUAAGAUAAGAAACUGAAACAAGCAAGAAUGAAGAGAGAUGUGGGGGAGAGACUGCUGGUCUCCAGACCACAGCAAUGUGUUUUAAGAUAAGAUGAAAUAUUUUAACUGCAGAAGGGAUAUAAAAUAUAAAUCUAUGUAAUUACAUGCUGAUGGGAUCCAUUGCACCCAUGUUUUUGACCUUGGCCUGUAAAUGUUAGACUAUGAUAUCUUGUUAUUCUUUUUCUCCUUUGGGCUUUUAAAAAAUAAUUUCAUUCUCAGAUCAUUUUCUGUACUGUUUGUUUACUGAGGCAAAAAAAAGAAAUCUGAAGUCAAUCAUGGUCUUCUACUUUCUGGACUGAGCAUUUGGCAGAAUGCAGUAUCUUUUCCUGUGUUUUGACAUGAAAUAGCACAUGGCUUCUACAAGAUAGUUUUAACUUGUUGGGGUCACCGGGAGUUAUAUGAUGGUCAACCCCUUUUCCUAAAAUUCAUUGUGGUAGUUUUAGUGGAAACGUAAAUCAAGAAAUCUCAUAUCAUACUUUAAUAAAUAAAUACCAAAUACAUAGUGAAAUAUAGGUUUGGGAAGAAACUAGUCUGUGGGGACCAUUAUAAGAGAAUCACAUUAUAUAUUACACAGUAUAUGGAUAUUGGAAUGUAUCACUUGUGCGGGGUUCUCUUCAUUAGCAAAACAGUCAUGUCUGUCUGUAUAUAAGACUUUUUUUUUUUUUUAACCAAACUAGCAUUUCAUUUUGUGAGUGACAAUUGACAUUUUAAAAUAAGCAUAGGCCGGGCAUAGUGGCUCAUGCCUGUAAUCCCAGCCCUUGGGAGGCCGAGGUGGGCAGAUCACUUCAGGUCAGGAGUUUGAGACCAGCCUGGCCAACAUGGUGAAACCCUGUCUCUACUAAAUAAAAAUAAAACAAAAUAAGUGUAUCUGGGCCAGGCACGGUGGCCCAUGCCUGUAAUCCCAGCACUUUGGGAGGCCGAGGAGUUCGAGACCAGCCUGGCCAACAUGGCAAAACCCUGUCUCUACAAAAAUUAGCCAGGUGUGGUGGCACAUGCCUGUAAUCCCAGCUACUCCGGAGGUUGAGGCAGGAGAAUUGCUUGAACCCGGGAGACAGAGGUUGCAGUGAGCCGAGAUUGCACCACUGCACUCCAGCCUGGGUGACAGAGCAAGACUUCGACUCAAAAAAUAAAAUAAGCGUAUCUGGAUUUUUCUUUUGAAUUCUUGACUGAUAAGUUUGAGAAUGUAUGUUUUUGGAAUUUUACAGUUGACUCAAGUGUGAAAGUAUACACAAGUAAUUUUUCUUUUCUAGCUAUGUGAAUGUAAAAUACUUGCAGAUAAUGUAUAUGUUGUGUAAUAUAUGUAUAUUUGGUCAUAAAAGCAGAUAAUUGGAAACAUUGUAAAAUUAAGCACUUUAAUUCCUAUUAAAUAUUAAACAUUUGUAUCUUGUAAAUAAACACAUCCUUAAAUUAA